CUGGUCAGGUCCAGGUCCAGUGUCAUACAUUGAGAAUCCAAAGGAGUGUGAUUGAGCUAGCUACUACCAGACGCGAUCAUAUUUUUCCCAAUCCGAACAAACACACACCCUUUUCUUCAAUCAGGGAUAUCAUAACGUUUAUCAUUCUCUUCUAUAAAGUUCGAGACUUCGCAGGUUUUCAUAAUCUUGAGAGGUUUAUGCCAUGGAAAAUAAUUUAUUGGGUCAACAACUAGUUGGAUCAGAUAUACAUGGAUUCCACACAUUGCAAGACCUGGAUGUUGCAAGCAUUAUGGAGGAGGCAAAAAUGAGAUGGCUUCGCCCUAAUGAGAUUCAUGCCAUGCUUUGUAAUCGAAAGUAUUUCACUAUCAAUGUCAAGCCAAUGAAUUUGCCCAAAAGUGGUACUAUUGUAUUAUUUGACCGUAAGAUGCUUCGGAAUUUUAGAAAAGAUGGACACAACUGGAAAAAGAAAAAGGAUGGAAAAACUGUUAAGGAAGCUCAUGAGCACUUAAAAGUUGGUAAUGAAGAAAGGAUCCAUGUAUAUUAUGCACAUGGUCAAGAUAACCCAAACUUUGUCCGUAGAUGUUAUUGGCUGCUUGAUAAGAGUCUGGAACACAUUGUCCUAGUUCAUUACCGUGAAACACGGGAGUUUCAAGGAUCUCCCAUCACUCCAGUAAAUUCAAACUCUACUUCUGCCUCUGACCCAACCGCACCAUGGAUUUUGUCGGAAGAAAUAGAUUCAGGGACCAAAACUGCAUAUGCUGGUGAUAUUAAUAACAAUAUAACAGUCAAAAGUCAUGAACUGAGGCUUCAUGAGCUUAAUACACUUGAAUGGGAUGAGCUAGUUGUUGGGAAUGAUCUUAACACCUCAACUGUACCUAAUGGAGGAAAAAUUCCAUAUUUUGAUCAACAAAAUCAAUGUUUACCGAAUGACAGUUCUGGCAAUGUAGCCAGCAAUGCAUCUGCCGAAGUUUGUUCUUCCAAUAUUUCAACUCAGCCAAUUCCAGGGAGCUACAGUGUUCCAUUCAAUUUUCCAGAAAGUGUUACUCUUCAGACAAUUGACAAUCAAGGAAAUCGAAAUGAACCGAGGAACCAUCACAUCCCUUCAAGUGGCGUUGAUUCCUUAAACACUUUGAUCAAUGACAGAUUGCAAAGUCAAAACAGCUUUGGAAUGUGGGUGAACCAAAUCAUGUCUGAUUCCCCUUGUUCAGUUGAUGAUCUUGGAUCCUCAGUUUCAUCCGUUGACAAACCGUAUUCAUCUGUGGUAGUGGAUAAUCAACAACUUUCCCUUCCAGAACAAAUAUUUAAUCUCACCGAUGUGUUCCCUGCAUGGGUGUCUUCCACAGAGAAAUCAAAGAUCGUAGUCACUGGACUUUUUCAAAUAGACUAUCUACACCUCUCAAAGUCCAAUCUAACAUGUGUCUGUGGUGAUGAAGUCAUUCCUGCAGAAAUUGUUCAGGACGGGGUAUACCGAUGUUGGGUACCACCGCAUCCUCCGGGAUUCGUGAAUCUCUACUUGAGCUUAGAUGGCCAUAAUCCAAUCAGCCAAGUUGUUAAUUUUGAGUAUCGUACUCCUAUUUUGCACGAUCCAGUUGCUUCUGUGGAAGAAAAGAACAACUGGGACGAAUUUCAACUUCAGAUGAGGCUUGCUUAUUUGCUCUUUUCUAAACAGCUGAGUCUUGAUGUCAUCUCUAGUAAAGUAUCAUCUAGUAGAUUAAAGGAGGCAAGAGAAUUCUCCUUAAAGACGUCAUUUAUUUCCAAUACCUGGCAAUACUUACUGGAGUCAACUAAAGAUCGCAAAAUUCCAUUUUCGCAAGCAAAAGAUGCCCUGUUUGGAAUUGCUUUGAAAAACAGAUUAAAGGAAUGGCUUUCGGAAAAAAUUGUUUUAGGAUGUAAGAUUACUGAAUAUGAUGCACAAGGCCAAAGUGUCAUCCAUUUGUGUGCAAUUUUGGGAUAUACAUGGGCGGUUACUUUAUUUUCAUGGUCAGGCUUGUCGCUAGAUUUCCGGGAUAAAUUUGGAUGGACUGCUCUUCAUUGGGCCGCAUAUUACGGCAGGGAGAAAAUGGUUGCAACUUUAUUAUCAGCUGGGGCAAAGCCAAAUUUGGUCACAGAUCCAACUCAGCAAAACCCUGGUGGAUAUACUGCCUCUGAUCUUGCUCACACGAGGGGUUAUGAUGGCUUAGCAGCUUAUCUUUCGGAAAAGUCUCUAGUUGAGCAAUUCAAUGACAUGCGCAUAGCUGGAAAUAUCAGUGGCUCGCUGGAAACUAGCACGGAUGAUGCAGUAAAUUCCGAGAACCUUACCGAGGAGCAGCUCUACCUGAAAGAUACAUUGGCAGCUUACCGGACAGCCGCCGAUGCAGCUGCACGCAUCCAACAAGCAUAUAGGGAGCAUUCCUUAAAGUUACAAACAGAGGCGGUUGAGUUUUCCAGUCCAGAAGCUGAAGCACGCAAAAUAGUCGCAGCAAUGAAGAUUCAGCACGCCUUCCGCAAUUUUGAGACCAAAAAAGUCAUGGCUGCUGCUGCUCGCAUACAAUAUAGAUUCCGUACAUGGAAGAUUCGUAAAGAUUUCCUCAACAUGCGCCGUCAAGUUAUCAAGAUUCAAGCUGCUUUCCGGUGCUUUCAACAACGGAAACAUUAUUGUAAAAUUCUUUGGUCAGUUGGUGUGGUUGAGAAAGCAGUGCUACGUUGGCGUUUAAAGAGAAAAGGCUUCCGCGGGCUCCAGCUUAAUACUGCAGAAGCAGAGGGAGAUCAGAAUCAGCAAAGUGACGCAGAAGAGGAAUUCUUUAAAACUGGUAGGAAACAAGCUGAAGAACGAGUUGAGAGAAGUGUAAUACGAGUGCAGGCUAUGUUCCGUUCUAAAAAAGUGCAAGAAGAUUACAGGAGGAUGAAGUUGGCACUUAAGCAAGCAAAGAUGGAACGGGAAUACGAAAAGGUGAUUAGUUCUGAAGUUGACAUGGCAACCAAGAGAUAGUUUAGUAAAGACAUAGUUUAGCCAAAGUUUUUAGAAAUGUGAAGGGAGGUUGAGGCCGUUCUUGUAUAUCAAAUAGAGUUGUAAAUUCCCUUCUUUAACAUCCUAGAAUGGAUCAUGUAUGAAGUUUUCAUGAGUGAUUGGCCUCUCUAUGCCGUCCCAAAGUUGAAUAAACAGAAUAGAUAACACCAAAAAGCUUGGUGUGGCAAUGGUAAUGAGCUUCUCCAUUUCCUAGCGCAAGGUUGCACCUCGAAAAACCAGAGCUGAAGCAACCAAAGAUCAGUGACUCAGAAAAUAUUUCAUAUUUGUAUUGAUAUAAAAGCUAUUAUUCCCCAACAUAUCUUAAAUAUUAGCCCGUGUGGAAAGACAUUUUUACUUUUAGUGUAGUACAGACUACACAUUACUAUCUGUUAUGGUAUGCAAGUAGUGAGGGAUACAAUCGAAUAUUAUUUAAAAGUAAAUUUGAGGAUUAAAAUAAGUAAUAAUAAAUGAAAUAUUUGAGGAUG